CGACGCCAGAACUACGUACGAAAAUCACGCGGAUUUAGUAUUUUUGUUUUGUGCGAGUGGAUGUUGGACUUUUAUGGAUGUGGCGGACAUAAUUAGAUAUGGAGAUCGAGGAGCCGAUGGUGCCAAAUCGGCGCUGUACGACGGCCGUAUUCUGCGGCAAGACCGGCCUGCUCGUUUUGGUUACGGGCUACGCACUUUUGGGUGCGUUGCUCUUCAAAACCUUGGAAGAGGGAGUCGAGGGAGAUGGCGUCAACCACGUGCAGAAGAGUCGCGAGGACUGUCUUAGGGAACUAUGGCUAAUUACAGAAAGACUGAACGUCCUGUACGAGAAAAACUGGACGCGUCUGGUGACGGAGCAGCUGAAACGUUUCGAACGAGCGGUCGCGGAGAGCGGCAGAAACGACGCCAGCCCCAACGGCAUGUCCAACCACUGGACGUUCGGCGGGGCGCUUCUAUACUCGCUCACCCUUCUCACGACUGUCGGCAACACGAGACUGACUCCGAGGACCGCUAUGGGAAAAAUAGUGGCGAUAAUUUAUGCAGUUAUAGGUGUCCCGCUUAUGCUCAUACUGUUGUCAGCUUUGGGCGGCAUGCUGGCGUCCGGUGCCAGGCGAGGAUACUCGAAAUUAUGCUGCAGGCACAACAAGCAGACCCUCAACCCCACCGUGGGCUACCACAAAGCGCCUUCCAGCCCCACAGCCAAACACUUCUGCAAAUCUCACGAAGAUUCAGCGUCAAUUCAAAUAGCAUCAGCGCACAACACGCCGAAUCACGUGAACUGCAAACCGCCGCCUCAGUUCCUGGACCACCAGGAGGUUCCGAAACGCGCCCUAUUGGCAACCGUACGUGCAAGUCACGCAAGAGGUCGGUGCAGACAGGGUGUGGUACGACAGAUUCUCACCGAUCCCCCAUUGUGUCCCACGCAUUCCCAUCACGGGACUCCAGUCAAGAAUUCUUUGAUCAUCGGCAUGUCAUCAAGCGACAUCGACGACGCAGACGAUAACGACGACAACGAGCACGUUUCUUGCAGCCAUGACACGCCGUCGAGGGUGCCGCUGAUCUACCGCUCGGAGGAAAGCAACGGACGGUCCGGCUCGCCGUCUGGAUCCACGUCCCAUUCACCGACAGUGCCUGCCAGUCUGGUCCUGCUUUUCUUCGUCUCGUACGUGGCGAUGGGGGCGGCGGCGUUCGUAUCGGCGAGCGGUUGGAGCUUCCUGGACGCCACCUACUUCUGUUUCCUCGCGCUGUCCACGAUCGGGAUCGGGGACGCGUUGCCUCAGAACGGCGAUGUGCACGCACAGCUGCAGCUGUUCGCGUGCUGCGCUUACUUGUUCUUGGGGCUGGUGGUGGUGGCGAUGUGUUUUAGUUUGGUGCAGGAGGAGUUGAGCGUUAGGUGUAAGCAAUUCGCGAACUCGGUGGGCAUUUGGAGGCAUUAAACUUGGUCAGUGUUGAGGACGCUGUUGUUCAUUUAUAUUUAAUUAUAAAAAUUAUUGA